AUGUCUAAGGCUUAUUUUACUGGUCAGUUUAUUGCGGAUCCACCGACAACCACACUGCAACGGUUAAAAGCACUAAUGACCGGCAGUAUGCCAACAUUUAUAGAUGCUGGAUCAAAUUUUGGUGGAAGUAAAGUUAUUGAAGAUAAUUUAUUGAAACAAUGGAAGUUAGCUGGUAAACAAAUUCUCUUCGUUGGGGAUGAAACAUGGAUUGAAUUGUUUCCUGAUUGUUUCAGUCAUUAUAAAGCUUAUCCAUCAUUCAAUGUCAAAGAUUUAGAUACUGUUGAUAUUGGUGUUGAAAAUUACAUCCUUCAAGCUCUUGAUGCCAAUGAUAGCUAUAUUCGUCAAGAUGAUUCUAUUACAAGUAAUGUUCAACAUCGUCAUCUUCAACAAGAACAAGAACAGCAGCAACAAGGCAAACACAUACACUGGGAUAUUCUUAUUGGGCAUAUGUUAGGCAUAGAUCAUUGUGGACAUACAUACGGCCCCUUGCAUCCAGAAAUGAUGAGAAAGUUAAGUGAAUUGAAUACAUUUAUAAGUCGUAUAAUCUCAAAACUACAACCGAAUGAUAUUUUCCUUAUUAUGGGUGAUCAUGGAAUGACUCGAUCAGGUGAUCAUGGUGGAGAUAGUGAUGGGGAGUUAGAAGCAGCACUGCUUGUAUUCACUGGUAAUCAGAACACUUCUUCGCCAUCUAUCUUUUCUUCUUCAAAAGGAAUAUCAGCAGAGGAUGAUGUGACAACGAUGAAGAGGAAGAAGCCAAGAAAGCAACGGCUAGCUCAAAUUGAUCUUGUGCCAACAUUAUCACUUUUAACCGGUGUUCCUAUACCAUAUUCAAAUUUAGGAAUAUUAUGCGAAGAUUUACUACGAAAUCAUGUCAAUCUGCAUAAUGGAUUAGUAUUGAAUUUUAUUCAGAUGUUCACCUUUACGGCGAAUUAUUUCUACAACAUUAGUAAACUACCAUUGCCUUCAGAGCUUUCAUCUCAUAUGGAACGUUUAGUGCAUAGUUCAACGUAUGACUGGAUAUAUCGAUUGACUCCUGAAGAAUUGCUGACUAGUUUAAAAGCAUUACAAUCCAUCUUUCGUGAUCAUUGGACACAAUUUAAUGAGUUGGAAAUAUCCCUGGGCUUACUUCUCACACUGGCUAGUUUAUUCAAUCUCAUUUUAUGUAUUGAACAAGCUCAUGUGAUGAAAAAUCCAUAUCUGUGUAGUAUUUCUUUAUGCCUUGCUUGUAUCCUAUCAUUCCUAUGUAUGAAUUUACAAAUUCCUCAAAUUUUAUACUUUGUUUUUGUUAUUUUAUUGGUAUUAUCGCCGAUAUUUUUUGUAUUUUUGCAACAUAUUACUUAUAAUCUGUUUGACGCGUUUAAUAGUAGUAUGCUUUGUUUUGUUUUAAUUCUCCUGAUGUCAUUAAGUUAUUUAUCGAACAGUUUACUUAUUCAUGAAUUUCAUAUCACAUAUUAUUUUAUUCAAAGUUUUUUUAUUAUCCGCUUAGUUUGUGUGGUUUUAAAUUCCUGCACUACUGAAAAAACUGUCAUUAACAGUAGUAUUGUGAGUUUUUCUCAAAAUUGUGCCGCAUUUCUUUAUCGCUCACCUUCUGCCUUAAUUUUAUUUAGUAUUUUGAUGAUUUUUCGAAUGCUAAUCUGGCAUCUACUAAUUUGUCGUGAAGAAUUAAGCCUAAGCACCUCUACGCAUUGUCGAUCUACACUGGAUCCGUGGAUAACAAAAUCGCUGAGUAAAUUGGAUCCAAUGAAUGAAUUUUAUCCUAUUGGUGCUGUACGUGUUUGUUUUGCUAUAUUUGUGCUAAUCACAUGUCUGUACACUUAUUGGCAGUGGUGUUUGCUUUUGAGUGAUAAAAAUACGCCAAUAGACAGUAGUACUACUGAUUGUGGUAUUAGUAGUAGUAGUAUAAGGAAGAGGAGAAGGGGAAGAUUCUUAUUGUUUCUACUAAUUGGCGUUUUAUUAUCUUCAUUAUGGUUAGUAGAUUCUGGUCAAUCAGUUAACUGGAUUAAAUUUGUACCAACUAACAGAUUGCAUACAGUACGUGUUUGGAUUGCACGUAUUCUAUUGAUAAUAAUAUCCUGUACAUUUUGUCAAUUCCUGAAAUUCUCAUCGUCAAUAUGCCAUCUAUACGAGUCAAUCAAUCCGAUGACAUCUGGUUAUGAUAAAUUUAUGCAUGACAGAACUUUACUCAAUGCAUACACACAAUGGACUGUAACUUGUUUAACAGUCUUACCCUUUUGUGUUAUCUUAAUUUUCAUCAAUGAAUUUCAUGUGAUUUGGUUAGCCGGAUUUCUAAUAUUCAUCCGAUUAUUAUCGUUAUUGUUAUCACCGGUGGUGUCAUACACAUCGUUAUCGUCAUCAUCAUCGUCAUUAGUGAAGCAUUCCAGGAUUGCUGUACGAUGUCAGCAUGAAGAUGAAAUUAACGAUUCAUCGUUGCUUCAUGUGCCUAGGGAAAACAUCUCAUGGACUACUGCAGUAUUCCUAUGCUUACUGGAUAAUUUAUCGUUUUAUGUCACUGGACAUCAGCCUACACUGGCCAGUAUUCCAUGGGAUGCUGCCUAUGCUAUCUACGAAGGUGAUCAUAGUACACGUUGGUUGCCGGCAAUCACAGUUAUUUUGCAUUUAUACUCUGGUCCAAUAAUAAUUGCAUUCAGUCUACCAGUGGUCAUUAUUAUUUCUUUACAAAUAAAGUAUUAUAAUCAUCAAAGAUCAAAUGUAUUCUUCAGCGGGGAGCAUAAACUGAUGUCUGGUUGUUUUGAUUAUCGAUUUGUUGAUGCUUUAGAUUUAUUGAGUUGGCGAUUUUUCGCGUGUAAAUUUGUAUUGACUUUAGGUUGUAUGCUAAGCACUGGUAUUCUACGUCGUCAUUUAAUGGUAUGGAAAAUAUUUGCACCACGUUUGUUAUUUUCUAUUCUAAGCUUAAUUGUAUCAACUGUAUGCCUUCUAUUGACUCGUUACCUAACUAUCCAUUGUUUACAUAAUAGGAUUUGUAAAAUAUUACAAAAUAACCUGUAGUUU